UUGACCUUCCUCACUCUCUGAUCUCUUUCCCUUGCUUGUCGUUCCCUGUUUGGCCACCAGGCGGCCCGUAAGGCCGUGAAUGACGGCAGCAUGUCAGCAUCUGCAGGGGGCGUGGCCGCGGUGGGCCGAGUGCAGCUGAAGCUCAGGAAGACGCUCAAGGGUCACCUGGCCAAAAUCUAUGCCAUGCACUGGUCAGCUGACUCCAGGUCAAUGGUCAGUGCAUCACAGGAUGGUAAGCUGCUAGUCUGGGACACCUUCACAGGGAACAAGUUGGUUGCUGUCCCACUAAAGUCAGCCUGGGUGAUGAGCGUCGCCUUCGCCCCCUCUGGUAACCUGGUGGCCAGCGGUGGUCUGGACAACAUGUGCACAGUCUACAACAUCAAGUCCGCCAGCCCCAAGACCCUCAGGGAGCUGGAUGCACACACAGGUUACCUGUCUUGCGCCCGUUUCCUUAGCGACACCGAGAUCCUGACAGCCUCUGGUGACACCACCUGCUGCCUGUGGGACCUGGAGACUGGCAAGCAGAAGAUUAUCUUCACCAACCACAUUGGAGACUGCAUGACGCUGGCUAUGUCCUCCGACAUGAACACCUUCAUCUCUGGAGCCUGCGACUCUCUGGCCAAGCUGUGGGACCUGAGGGAAGGGACCUGCAAGCAGACCUUCAGCGGACACACCAGCGACAUCAACGCCAUCUCUUUCUUCCCCAGUGGAAACGCCAUCAUCACAGGCUCCGACGACUGCAGCUGCAAGAUGUACGACCUGCGUUCCGACCAGGAGGUGAUCUGUUACCAGGACAGCAGCCUGAACGCCGGCGUCACGUCUUUGACUCUCUCCAACUCAGGCCGCCUUAUCUUUGCCGGUUAUGACGACUUCAACUGCCACAUCUGGGACUCACUGAAGGGAGAAAAAGUUGGUGUGCUGUCUGGCCAUGACAACAGGGUGAGCUGCACUGGUGUCCCCGAAGACGGUAUGGGCGUCUGCACAGGAUCCUGGGACAGCUUCCUCAAACUCUGGAACUGAGGCAUCCCAGCGGAGGAAAACACCAGGAGGAGAGGAGGAGGAGGGGGAGGAGAGAAAGAGGAAGAGGAGGAGGAGAGGAACCGGAGGAAAGGGGGAGUAAAAGGCUGAAGACAGGGAAGGGAAGUGAGGUUGGAGAUGUUUGGUGCAGAUGUUCGAGGACAGGCCUUCCUCUCUUCCUCUCUUCCUCUCCCCCUCUCUUCCUCUUCCCCUCUUACUCAUUCAUGUAUGCAAAAUAUGAGAAGCUGCGAGUGAGUCACAUUGUAUAAAUGGCAUCAGGUGAACAGUGAGUGAUGCAUCCUGCUGUAUGUACAACAGAGUUUUAUUAUGACGAGACGACGAUUUAAACACUGAAAAAAUAAAAGCAUUAAAAAAAAUAGCACCUAAUUCAAAAUGAUUACUGAGCAGAAAAGAAGCUCUUAUUGAGAAUGUCAAUUAAACAAAAAUAGAUUUUUGACAAUAAAAAAAAUAAAGAACACAUGAAUAUUGAAAAUAAGACUAUAGCAUUACAGAUUUAUUUUUAUUGUCUUUGACCUGUAAAAGAGCCCUGGACUUAUUUAGAUGAAAGAUUGAUAUGUACAUUUAUUUCUAUUUUAUAGAUUAACACACUAGUUUAUGUACAGUGACUUUUCUUUUUUUUUUUUCCUUUUUUUUUUUUUUUUUGGGGCUGCACAUAUCCAGAAUAUAUGUGUACGGUAGGGCCGCCAUCUUGGGCUUUGAUCAAAGAUGGCCGCCUGACCGCCACUGUUAUCUGUCUCAGCAUGAAAAAUAAAAAUGCGAUGAUGAAUAAAGGUUUAAAGAUGGAGCCGGGUUGCCAGGCGGAGGUCUGGUCCCCCCCUGUUAAAACACUCUGUAAAGACCUGUAAACUUUGUUUUACUCCCCUGGGUUCAGCUGCAUUUUGUAGGACUUUUACACUUGUGCAGUUCCUCUGUAAAAAGACAAAACGUUUGUUGAAAAUCUUUAUAAUAAACAUAGAAUUAUGCAUUAACACCAUGUCCGAGUCUGUGUGUUUGUGUGAUUUUAAAGUGUUACACUCGUGAUAAGUGACAUUAUUGUGAGUGGACAGUCCUCUAACCUGCCGCUGGAACAGGACGUACAGUACGUGUACAAAAUAAAAGCAGCCUUUUUAAUUUGUUCCUUUAGUUGCAGUGCUCUUGAUCUGGAGGACAAACAGUCUGGAGGGAAGUUUCAUUAACAAGGUCGACAAACAUCGGCUGCAUGAGUCACACCUGCACACGACAACACACAGGGUGAACACGCACAUCGGUGCAAAAUCGGGCAAGAAAACACAGCAAGACCUAAUAUUUCUGUGUUAUCUUCGGUCUGAAAUCUGUUGCAACAUGUUCAGUGGGAAUAAAAGAAGAUACACAACCAAACAAAAACAUGGACUCAUAAAGCACACAUCACCAAAACCUUUUUAUAUAAGUAACACUCUGAUUUGUUGAUUUGUGUCAAACUCUAGCAAUAAUUGGAUAUUUUACAGGGUGAUUCCAGUAUUAUCCGAAUGUUGUGUAUGUUAUAUAGAUUUGACAGAAUAUAAAUAUACAUAUACACCAAACAGCGUCUGUUUUUAUGUUGGGGAAUGAAAUUUAUAGAAACUUUUCUGAGUGGGAGGAGGAAAUCUGUGUCAAAACAUUUUAAUUUAUUUAUUAUAAUGUUAUUUCCUCUGCUGAGUUAAUCAUGUUUACUGAUUACACAGCAUGAAGUGUCACUAUUGUUAAUACCCGCUGUGUAAUGACUCAAAUUAUCACUGCAUCUGCUCAAUAGUCACUAUACUGAAGAGAAAAAUAUUUUCAUCUGGCCAUUAAAUAUUUUUGGUAACACUGACCUUAUAGCUGAUAAAUACAGGGACCUAAAGUGUCAUUGCAUUUUUUAUUCUAUCUAUUCAUCAUCAAUUCAAUGUUUGAUGUUCAUGUUAUAAGGAAAAUGUUUAAUUGCUUUGGUUUUACACAUUGUUAUUGUCCAUAGAAAGACAUAUGUCAUUACAAAGCUGUGUAUUUUACUUUAAUAGGGACAUAACUGACUGCUGUAAGAGCGCCUUCACUGUAAAUCUCAGCAUAUUGGUACAGGCUUAUAAUAAAAUGAAUAAAUAUGGAUUAUAAUUCAUCACAUCCAUUUUCUUUUAGAAACUCGUCAUGUUUUGUGUAAAAUGCUCCAUAGUAUCUCGUUAGUUAGGUAUUAAAUCAUAUAUGGUAAAGUAAGUUGUUGUAAAGUAUUAUUUCAAACUAUGAUUUCCAACAAAAUAUUAUUUCUUCGCGAAACAUGGAGUGGUUAUAUAAAGUAGUAAUAGUAGUAGUAGAGUAUAGACAAUAAAAAAAAAAUGUACAUACUGAUUUGAGGGGAAACGACAUAGAAACAGUAAAACAAACAAAAAAACAAACGUACAGCAUCAGAAUAAAUACAUUUAAUU